UGAAGUUCAAGUAGUUCUGAUCCAGGCUGCCAGGAGUGGGACCAAGACAGCAAGAAAGCCAUAGCUUUUGUCGUCCUUCAGAGAGGAUUCGGUGAUCAGGAUCGACGGGUGCAGACAUGCAAUGUGCGUCUGAAUUCCACAAAUGUAUGCUCGUAGCUGGUACUACAGAAAUCAUGCCACAGCAAGAGUACAAUUGCUUUGCAGCGCGCCAUCUGGAACUGGGCGUUUCGCGCUACGGCCAGGAACGACUCAGCCGGUCACCAGAGGACCGACACGACCGAUUGGCGAACUUUUUUGCUGCCACUCGACCGCCAUCCGAGCGAUCACAAUCUUCGACCGCACGGCCGCCUCAGCAAGGGUCUGCACUACAGCAGCGCGAGACGUGCCCUCGCGCUCGUACUGCAGUGGCAAGAAAAUUGUGGAUGCCAGAAGAUGCAGUUGCAUUUCAUCUGGUAGAAGAACUUUCAGCGCAUCAACUACUCGCGAAAAAGACACUGCACCAGGGAAGCAGGAUGCUGGAGGAGAGCCAGCAGCGCCAGCUGAAGCUGAUGUCGGUGAAAAUGCACCGAACGAGCAGGGUGUCGCCACUUCAAAGCAGGACUCUGCACCUGCUGCAGCGCUUUCUGCUGAGAACACUUCAGGGGCAUCGAAUCCGUCGACGAGAAACAAGGAGAACGCCGCCGGGCCGCCUAAGGCAUCAGCCGAAAACCCGCUCAGCACUUCUAAAGCUGUGCCUGCAACAAGCGUUGCUCCGAAGCGGCAAAAGAGCACCCGCAUCCCGGCCGCGCCGCCGAAAAACAAACGCCCGUACCCCCGGCCGCCAACGUCCCUGGUCAGCUACUUGCAGAGUUUCAACCGCAAACCGAUUCAGGCCAACAUGUUCCAGUCCCUCGGGCUGGUGGAGUUCUCCUCUCGGGAGAUACGGGAGCGCUUUGACGAACUGGAUGCAGAUGACGACGGGUACCUAACCGAACCCGAAAUCCGGGAGCUGGUGAAGCGGCUGCAGAAGACUUCCAAGAAGACGCAGGAGGAAGACCACCGGCUGACGCAGCGGAUCUUGGAUGUCUUCCGCGUGUCCACCGAUUCUACCGAGAAUGGGCAGCCCCGGAUCAGUCGGGACCAGUGGACCAAAACCAUCUUGCGCUUGGCGGAAAAGGUCGACCACCGCGUCUAUCCCAUCGCGUUCUCGUGCUUCAUGACCGGCGCGACGCUGGGCAUCCUCACGCCCGUGAUCCCCUUUCUCGCGGAAAAGCUCGCCCUCUCCAAAGCGCAGUUCGGAAUCUACAUCGCGUCGUUCGCGGUACAGAUUAUUUGGCAGGGAAGUACUGCUGGUCAGCUACAACGACGCCAUUGCUUCCGAAUCUUUUGCUUUUAGUGGAUUUGGCGUCUAGCUCUAGAUCUAGCACAAUCAAUACGUAAGCGUCUGCGUCAUUUAGCAAUAGCAUUGCAUGGCGAAAACUAAACGUCACAUGAUCAUCAAUGCCUCUUAUUCCACCCAAAAUUCGUGCGGAAUGAGUUUGAAUUUAUUUCAGAUGACGAAGAUAGUCGCCAACAUCCCUGCUGCAUUCUUGGUGGAGCGCUACGGGCGCAAGCCGUUCUUCGUCGUGCCGACUGGGAUCGUGGGGGUGGCCUUUGGUAGUUUGGCGUUCGCAACCAGCUUCGAGCAAAUGUGUCUUUCGCGCAUGUUGGUCGGAGGCUGCGUCGCAGCGUUGACCUCCUCCGCAUCUAUGAGCAUGAUGGACCUCGGGACAAAGUUGAACAUGACACGAACCAUCGCGCCAGUUGGGGUACUGAUGAUACUAAAAGUUAUGGGCGGAAAAGCAAAAGUGUAGUCUGCGAGAUGAGUUUGGAUAGAGGGAUUCAUCAGUUAUGGUUCUUCAGCCAGGUUGUGGCUGAACAAAUUCAAAAUCUCUCGGUGCUCUUGAUUCUAGGUCGCCUUCAACGCCGGCAUUGCGAUGGGCCCGGCGCUUGGGGGACUGCUGGUUUCCCGCAUCGGUAUGGAGCCCACGUUCCUGGCCGUCGGGUCCACGUUCAUGGUCCUCAUGGUAGCGAAUCAAGUUCUCAUCGUGGAGACAGCACCGAAGUUGCUUGGCGGUUCCAUGAAAGACGCGAUGCGCGAGGCGGUCAGCCACUGGCGAACUUUGUGGCAAGACAACGCGCGGUUGAAAGACCUACUGGUCCUGAGCGGGGCCUUCUGGAUCAGCUCCGCCGGUUAUGAUAGUGCACGAACCAACAUGAUUUUUUUGCUCCGCAUUUCUCUCGCAAAAAUAUAUUACAAGCUCAUCUAAGCCAGAUUUUGCCUUUUGCUAUCUCCCCUCUAGCUCUAUUUAGCAAUUCCUUGCAUGAUGUUGAUGAUCCGAGCCCCCGGUCAUCAACAUUAUGCACCGCGUACGGAACUUAGACUUACACGUGUAUUUGUCCAGAAGAACGAGCUGCAGAGCAUUUACAUGUGAGUCAGCUGCUGUCUGUCGCUGUUCGUGAUACAUUCCAUGAAAUGACGGGCAGCAGGUAGUAGCUAGUAGGGUCGUGCACCACUCUCAUACCGGUGGACACGCCACGGUGUUGCCGCUCGUUUUGAUUGGGCCCCAGUUUGGCCUGGACGUCGGGCAAACGGGACUCGUGUUUGCGGGCAUGGCCGGUAUCCAGGUGUUAUCCGGGCCACCGAUAGCCUUUCUUUGCGAUACGGUCGGGAAGGAGAAGGUGCUGGUCGGCGGUACGCUGGCCAUGGGCGCCGCCAUGGCCCUCCUGCCGUUCUUGCAUCACGGUUUGGACUCCAGCGCGGUCGCGAUCUUCGCGCUCUGGGGCCUCGGGAGUGCAGCCUACGGAGCCGCGCCGAACUCGCUCGUCAGCGACAUGGUGUCCCCGGUAUUUACUUCUUCCUGUUGUCACAAGCUGUUUUUUGCUGUGGGUUGUGUCGGUUUUGUGUCUGCAUCGGAAGCAAGGAUGCUAGUAAUUUGUUGAUUUCAAUUUGAAUUUCGUCGCAUGAGAUUUUGAACAAGAAACUCACUCACAGGUGCAGCGUGGACAGGCCCUGUCGAUGUUGAGGACGUCAAACGACCUGGGAUACUUGUUGGGAGCCUCGCUGACGGGAUACUUUGCCGAGCAACUGUCACCGGAAAGCGCUCUGAUUUCCCUUUCCGCGAUUCUGUUCGGGAACACUCUCCUAUAUCACCGCGCGCAAGUCCAAAAAGGGGGCUACCGGUUGCCAAAUGUCACAUUCAACGAGAAAAUGAACAAAAUGAAAGCGAGGCUGCUCAGAAGGUUUUUCUAGCGGAAGAAAAAGAUGCAUCGCAGCAGAGCAUUCGGAAUCAUGAAACCGGAGAAAGCAACACCAAAAGUCCUCUCUUUGUUAG